AUGGGCGGUGCAGGACCAACAUCGACAACAUCCGUACCCAUUGGCCUCCCAGCGAACCCCCGCGCCAUGCGUCAUCCCCGAUACAUGACCGCCGACCCGAACGAAGAGGACGAUAUUCCUGCCGUGCCUACCAUCCCUGACAAUAUGCAACACCAACAAUCUCAGUCCGGCGAGACUGACGACAUUGGGCCUCUCCUUCCUGCAACCACUUUUGGUCAGCCUAUCGCGCCCCCCUCACGAUCUGUGUCAGCACCUCCGCAAGACAUACUCCCAUCCAGUUCAUAUAACUCGCCUACCUACCCUUCCAUCGGCAGACGCCCCUCUCUAGGUGGAUCUCGUGGUCAUGCUCGACAAAACACGAUGCCCGAUGUCCUUCCUCAGACCAACUACAAGCGUCACAGCCCGCCUCCAAUCACAGCUAGCAUCGCUGAGACGAUCCACGAAAGCCAGAAUCAGGACAACCAAGUCAUAGUUAUCGACGCAGAAGACCAUGGUCGUGCACCGCCUCUACUAUCUCAGCUCCAGCACCUAGCAACCCCACCGCCGCCACCUCCACCACCGCUAAACCUCGGCGGUGGCAACGGCAUUGGCAUGAUCAACAUUGCCAUUGAGGGCAACAGCCCAGGCGAGAAGCCCUUGGAAGUUUCGCCCACUCAAGCUUCUGCUACUGGAUCUCCACACGCUCACCGACGGGGUCGCGGCAGUGUGAGCGAAAACCUCGGUAUGACAUUCAAGCGCGUAACUGAACGCAUGCGUAGCACCAGCCGUGGGCCCCAGCGCGCCAAAUCUCCACCAGUCAACCGCGCUGAGCGGUCUCCCUACGAGAGUGUUCCUGAGUUCUCUUUCCCACGUGGACCCAACACGAGAUCUCCUCCCGGUGAUAACAACAUGGGUAACCACCAUGAGUCGUACUUCAACCAGAUCCCUCCUCCGCCUCCGCCUCCACCGCAGCCUAUGGAGCAGGUCAUCCCUCCCACUGAGAAUGGUCAGCCAUUCUAUAGGCAUCCCAAGGAGCUGAGGGCCAACAUGCCCCCCAAUACGUUACAAGCUGGCGUAUACCAGAGCGGCGAGCACACACCCAUGAUCUAG